AGUAUAUUCACAUUGAACUUAUUAAUUGAAUUUUUUUUAAUAAGAAACAACGAGUACCUGUUAUAUGGUAUGGUUUCGGUUUUUCAAUUGGCCUAGAUCGGAUUUGUUGUGAUCCGUCGGAAGACAUUUAAUCAGUCAUGUCAUCUGGGGAUCAUGCUGGACCCUGCAUUGAGCAUACAAGACCCCCGAUGAAUUUUGAUGCUGGAUAUCUAGCAGGGUUUUGCUUGAGAAGGAAUAGCGCUGACUCAACUUCUAGUAUUCAAGACUCGGCAACAGAUGAGGAAUUCAAGUUUCACGAGAUAUCUCAUGCUAGCCAGGUGCUCACCGGGUUAAAUCAUCUACGUGUUUCAAAUCAGUUUUGUGAUAUGACUCUUGCUGCGGGCGGCCAAGAGUUUAAAUGUCACAAAAUUGUGUUAGCCUCAUUUAGUCCAUAUUUCAAUGCCAUGUUCACUGGUAAUCUAGCAGAAAGUACACAGGAUAUGGUAACUAUAAAUGAUGUAGACGCAUCUGUAAUGGAACUUUUAAUAAAUUAUGCCUACACUUCUGAAAUUCUCAUUAACAGACAAAAUGUGCAGGCUCUUCUCUCUGCUUCAAACUUACUCGAAAUUUUACCAGUGAAAGAGGCGUGUGGUCAAUAUUUAGAACACAACAUGGACGAAACCAACAGUAUUGGUAUUCAUUGUUUUGCGGAGGCCCAUGCUUGCAUAGAACUACAGCAAACGUCAAAGAAAUACAUACUGAGACAUUUUAAAUCUGUUUGUCUACAAGAAGAAUAUCUACAACUCACCAAAGAUAAAUUAAUUGAGUUUUUACAAGAUGAGGAAUUAAAUAUAGAUUCAGAGGAGCAGGUUUAUCAGUCAGCUGUCAGGUGGCUGGACUUUGAUACAGAAGGACGUAAAAAUGACUUUGAUAAAGUGCUAGAGCAUAUACGACUACCAUUGAUCAGUCCAUACUAUCUGUUUGAUGUAGUAGAGAAACAGGAGGUUAUCAGUCAGUCAGAGAAAUGUAAAGUGCUGGUGGAUGAAGCUAAGACAUAUCAACUAUUGAGGGAUAGGCACUCUGAACUGCAGUCAACAAGAACUCAACUUAGAAAAUCCUUGGGUUACAUGGAGGUGAUUAUCUGCGUUGGUGGUGAGGAUGACAAGGUUGUGCUGCGCAGUGUUGAGAUGUUUGAUCCUGGCUCCUGUAGGUGGAAGCCACUUGCCUGUCUGCCAUUUGCUAUCAGUAAACAUGGCAUGGUCUCAUCAGGAGAUUACAUAUAUUUAGCUGGUGGUGAGUUUCCUGAUGGUUCUGCUAGCCGAAGUAUGUGGAGAUUUGAUCAGAACCUUGAUACAUGGAUGGAAAUGGUGCCAAUGAAUAUGGCUAGAUCUGAAUUAGGAAUGGCAAUGUUGGACGGUCAUGUAUAUGCUAUAGGAGGUUGGGAUGGGUCUAGUAGACUUGACAGUGUAGAGAGGUAUAACCCGGUACUGAACACAUGGUCAUUUAUACCUCCAAUGAAGAUUGCACUCACUAGUCCAGCUGUUGUGGCUCUCAAAGGUCUCCUGUAUGUGACAGGUGGUGCAGUGUUGGAGGAUGGGGAUGGUAUAGAUCUGGUACAGUGUUAUAAUCCAAGGACAGAUAUGUGGAUAGAUCGUCCUAACAUGCAGAUACCUAGAUCUGGCAGUGCUUCAUGUGUCCUAGAUGGUCUCAUCUAUGUUAUAGGUGGCUGGCAUGCAUCUACAGAGAAUACAAACAAAGUUGAAUGUUAUGAUCCCGAGAGAAAUGAAUGGUUACAGAAAGCACCGAUGUUAGAGAGACGAUACAGACCAGGCGUAGCUGUGAUAGGUUCCAAAAUAUACGUCUGUGGUGGUGAGGAGGGCUGGGACAGAUAUCAUGACACAAUUGAAUGUUACAACUCACUGACAGACACAUGGGAUAUUGUCGGGGAAAUGUUAACAAGUCGCAGUUGGCUAAGUUGUGUAUCCAUGAGAAUCCGGAAAGACAUGCAUAAUGCUGAAUGCCAUAAUAAAUGUACAUGUUCCGUGUGAUAUCAUCUUGUGUAAAUGUGCCGUGAUAUAUGAUAUCAAAUUUGUCUAUAGUGUACGUACAUGACAUGAUUGAUAUCAUUAUGAUGUAGACUUCAUAAUGGCAUGAUGAUAUGUGUAAAUAUCUUUUUCUGUAUAAUUAAGAUGCUUCUAAGGCAUUAAGUAUCUCAUGUAUUUAAAACUUGAUGUGAAAAAGAAAUGAAUUAUCAACAAUGAAGAAGGCAGCUUAUUAUUAAUAUGAUAACAACUUAGAAAUGUCAACAUUUCAACUUUGGAGAAGUUUGUUGAAAUGGGCGGGGCUUAUUUUUGAUGUCAGGUUACUACGCAGUUGCAUGAUAGAAUAUGAUAACA